UGGGCCAGGAGCAUUCACCUUCUUGCGUGUCGCACCAUGGUGCCGAUGAAAAGAAAGCGAUCGUUGCCGCCUCUGCGUGUGGCAGUCAUCGGUGCAUCCCGUGCAGGGCUGCCUUUAGCUUUGCUGUUGGCUGAGAGGGGGCACCAUGUGGUCUUGGUUGAGACGGAUGCAGAGGCUUUGGACACCCUCAAGAGUGGAAAGUAUCCAUUCUUGGAGCCUGGGGGCCCUGAGCUACUGCAGGCAUGCAUUGACAAGGAGUCACUUCAGAUCUCUUCGAGGCUGUCGGUCAUAGAGGGAAGCGACGUCAUCCUGCUCACGUGCACGACGCCCAUUGAUACUCGCUUGAUCCCUGACAUGAGCCAUGUGGAUGCAGCAAUUCGAGACCUCAAACCACACCUACGUGGAGGUGAGACGCUGGUCUUCCGCGCGACGGUCUUUCCGGGCACCAGUGAGAAAAUCGAAGAAAGGCUCUCACAGCGUUCUGUCGGACCCCGAAUUGGUGUGAGCUUUUGUCCGGAACGCCUGGCCAUGGGGCACACGGUCAAGGAGCUCACGGAGGUGCCACAAAUCAUUUCCGGCUCCAGUCCGCAAGCUCUGUCACAUGCCGCCCGCCUUUUCGAUCCUUUGUCCGUGGACCUCGUCGAGUUGACGCUGUUAGAGGCAGAAGUGGCCACGCUCUUUCUGAAUGCGUGGCGCUAUGUAAGCUUUGGAACGGCCAAUCAGUUCUUUCACAUUGCCGCCUCCAAGGGCUUAGACUUCGACAAGAUUCGCUCCGCCAUUGUCUACCGCUAUGAGAGGGCCUCCGGCUUCCCAAGGUCGGGCUUUACCGCCGGUCCGAGGCUCUAUCAAGACAUGAUGCAAUUGGCUGCCUACUGCAGACAUACGUUCUCUUUGGGUCACGCAGCCAUGUUGGUCAACGAGACGAUGCCAGACUGCCUGGUGGAGCAAGCGCGGCAGAAGCUUCUGGAGCAAGGGACACGAGGCUUCAAGGGUUUGAAGUGUGGAAUCCUUGGUAUGGCCUUCAAGCCCGACUCGGACGACUGUUCCGACUCCUUGGCCCUCAAGCUCCGCGACCUGCUGCUGCGCGAGGGCGCCGAGGUCCGGUGCGCGGACGCCUUCGUGCAGGAGCGAGAGGGGAUGGAGCUGGUGAGCCAAAGUGCACUCUUGGAGAGCAGUGAAGCCAUCUUCAUUGGAUGCCCACACUCGCAAUACAGCAGCAUUUCCUUUCGCCAAGCGGUGUUCGACUGCUGGGGCUUGGUGCGUGAACCCGACUUCACCCUCUUCCAGGCGACGUCCCUGGACUGCCGAGCGCUCCGGGUGGCGGUGGUGGGCGGCGCCGGCCACGUCGGCCUGCCGUUGUCACUGGUGCUGGCGGAGCGCGGCCACGAGGUGGUCGUCGUGGAUGAGGACGCCCAGAAGCUGGCGGAGAUCCAGGCAGGGCGCAUCCCGUUCCUGGAAACGGGUGGCCCGGAGCUGCUGCAACGAUGUUUGGAGUCCAAGGCCAUCACAUUCACCAGCCAGGUGAAGGAGGUCUCCAGCAGUGAUGUGAUCAUUGUGACCAUUGGCACGCCGGUGAAUGAGCACUUAAAUCCAUGCUUUUCGGUGGUGCAGGCUUGUAUGGAUGAACUGACACCUCACUUGCAUCCAGGACAGACUCUCUUGCUGAGAUCCACGCUUUUUCCGGGGACCUCUUCCCGAGUUUUGGCCUCCCUGCCGGCUGGAGUGAACGUGAGCUUCUGCCCGGAGCGGAUUGCGCAAGGCAAAGCUUUGGAAGAGCUCACGGAUCUACCACAGAUCAUUUCCGGCUCCAACCAGCAGGCAUUGGAGCAUGCCAAGGCUCUUUUUGCUCCCUUCAAGGUGGAUCUCAUCCAAUUGGAGCUGCAGGAAGCGGAAGUCGCCAAGCUCUUUUUGAAUGCCUGGCGCUAUGUGGCCUUUGGCACUGCCAACCAAUUCUACCACAUCGCCACCUCCAAAGGCUUGAACUUCGAUCGCCUACGUGCGGCCAUCGUGUACCGUUACCCGCGCGCCAGCGGCUUCCCGCGCUCCGGCUUCACCGCAGGACCGUGCUUGUUCAAGGACACCAUGCAGCUGGCGGCCUACUGCCGCCACACCUUCUCGCUGGGCCACGCGGCGAUGCUGGUGAACGAGACCAUGCCUGACGCCUUAGUGGAACAAGCGAAGGCAGGCCGACCAGCGAGCGGGAUGGCCCUGUCAGGAGUGCGUUGUGGGAUCUUGGGGAUGGCCUUUAAGGCGAACAAUGAUGACUGGAGGGAAUCCUUGGCCUUCAAGCUCCGUCGCCUGCUUUUAUGGGAAGGUGCUCAGGUUUCAUGCAGCGAUGUGCACAUGCAUCGCGAGGAGUUCAUUCCCUUGGACCAGCUCCUGGCGAGCAGCGAGGUGCUGUUUCUGGGCUGUCCCCAUGAAGAGUACCGAGAGAUUUCGAUUCAACCGCAUCAACGGCUUUACGACUGUUGGGGCUUCUUCGAAAGCCCCAAGCUCGCGAUCCAGGGAGCUCGAUCGGAUCGAUCGAGCUUGGAGGAGGAGUCGAGAAGAGGUGCGCGGUCGCCCAUCCCGUCUUGCUGAGCCUGCCAAAGGCGAGGAAUCGGUUCUGAUCUGAUCUGGUAGUGGGUUGUGUGGUGUUUUCGUUCUGAAAGGGGGGAGGUCUUCCAUCACCAGAGUCCAAGGGGCUGGGACUGGCCCAAGGCAUUUCUCUUAAAGCACCAUCCGGUGCUGAAGAGCAGCGGGCUAUUCUGAGGCAAGCCAACCAGCGGAGCCUUUCUCUGGCCUGUCCUUUGCCAGUGGCGGCCUGCUGGGAGCCG